CCCCUGACGUCACCCACAGCCAGCCUCCUUUUCCACCUACCCACCACCCAUUCGAGCCACGCCACCACAGUCCACAGGCAGACGCGUCCCGAAGCGGAGCAGCAGCGAUGGCGGUGGUGGGCGUGCUCGCGCUGCAGGGCUCCUACAACGAGCACAUGGCCGCGCUGAGGAGGAUCGGGGCCAAGGGGGUGGAGGUGCGCAAGGCGGAGCAGCUGGGGGCCAUCGACUCGCUCAUCAUCCCCGGCGGCGAGAGCACCACCAUGGCCAAGCUCGCCAACUACCACAACCUCUUUCCUGCACUACGAGAGUUUGUCGGUGCCGGAAAGCCUGUAUGGGGAACUUGUGCUGGGCUCAUCUUCCUAGCAAACAAGGCAGUAGGGCAAAAAUCGGGUGGCCAGGAACUUGUAGGGGGGCUUGAUUGUACUGUCCACCGUAACUUCUUUGGGAGUCAGCUCCAAAGCUUUGAAACGGAACUUUCAGUGCCAAUGCUUGCAGAGAAGGAAGGAGGGAGUAAUAUCUGCCGUGGUGUUUUUAUACGAGCACCUGCUAUCUUGGAAGUUGGACCAGAUGUCGAAGUAUUGGCUGAUUGCCCUGUUCCUGCUGGUAGACCCAGCAUUACAAUAUCUGCAGAGGGUGCGGAGGAUGAAGUGUACUCCAAAGAUCGGGUGAUUGUCGCAGUACGGCAAGGGAACAUCCUUGCCACUGCGUUUCACCCAGAAUUAACGUCAGACUCUAGAUGGCAUCGCCUCUUCUUGGACAUGGACAAAGAUUCUCAAGCAAAGGCCUUCUCGGCGCUAUCGCUCUCGACAUCUUCAAGAGACGUGGAGGGCGGGUCGAAGAAUAAGCCGCUUGAUCUGCCCAUUUUCGAGUAGCACUGGUGCCAAAUUACGGGAGAAAAGAAGAUAACUAAAUUUUGUUGGUGAUAGGAAAGGGGUCUGACCAUUUUUUAUGCUCAUACCAAUUUGUAUCCCUGGUGUCAAAACUGUACCAACCCAAAUAAUGUCAUUUGUGCUCCAAACACUGAUCUUUCUACGAGAAGGAAGCUGGUCGGUUAAAUGUCUGUGUCAAUGCACACCCAGUGAAAGGACAUUAGAUGGCAAAUGCCACUGUCAAUGUAAACCACACCUAGUUUUGCUCGAAAGUAAUACAUCUGUAUCACGUCGAACGGACGUUACCUGACUAUUUUUGUCGCUUUCAGUCUUCCA